AUGGAUAUACAUCUAUUGUUAAUUUUCCUGCUGGUAAAAUACUUAGAUAGUUAAGAUUAAACAAUCCAACUUCAUUUUUUCAUUCUUUAUAUAUAAUCAUUUAAAUACCAGUAUUCUGAGAAUUCAAAACAACAAAACCCAAAAUAUUUAGUAUAACUAGGCUUAACAUCGAAGAGUUAUUGGAUAGCAAAAAAUUGUAUUGUUUGGAUUCUUUUACAAGGAUAAAAUAAAAUAUUUUCUACUAUAACUAAAGAAUUGUAAUAAAUUAAAGAUUUAAUACAAUGUAAAAUUAUGUAAAAGGAUAUAAUCAGUUUCUAUUCUUCUAAUUCUCUUUUGUUACUUCUUAACGAUUGCUUUCAUUAAUUUCAGGUAUAUUGA